CUCAAAAUUUAAUCCAAACUUUAAACUAAACUCCAAACCCAAAUCUAAACCUAAAAUAUUAUACUCUAAACUUUAAACAUACACAUUAUAUCCCAAGUCAUAUAUAUAUCUAAACACUAAAUCUUAUAUUCUUAAACUUAAAACACAAAUCUUAAAUAUAUAUUAGAAAUGUAUCUUUUCAAAAUAUAUUCUUAAAUCUUACUCUCAACCCCAAACCCUUGUACUCAAAACCUCAUACCCCAUAUACUUAACCCCAAAUCCUAUAUUCCAAACUCUAAAUAUUAUAUCAAAAACAACAAAUAUUCAAUUUUACACUUUUAAUUAUAGAACUAAAUGAUAAACCACAAAAAAAUAUAACAAACAAUUUUGAACAUAAAUUAAAUAAUUAUUUCUGAAAAAUCAAAACCUAUUAAAAAGUGAAAAUACGACAUAGCAAAGAGAAAACAAAACAAAAAGCUCAAUCCAAGCCAUGAGCUCUCAUUGGCUGAUCUAUUGGGGGUGGGGAUAACCCUUUUUUUUAGUUUUGACCAUUGAUAACUCUAAAUCUAAGGGUCACAAAUAAUCCGUCAUUUAGUGAAUAUUUUCUCUUGUCUUCAUGUGUGUUUCUUUCUUUCUUUUGUCACAGAUCUUCUGUUUCUCUGUCUUUCUUCUAUGUCUGUAUUUUUUUUUCUCACAGACAUCGUUCUAUCUCUUCAGCAUCAACAUCUCAUAUUAAUCAAUUUUUUCCUUUCUCACAGAUCUGAAAAAAAUGGAAACAGAAGUGAUGAAACGGGAAGGAGAAGUGGUGGUGUGAUGGCAUUACAAAUUGGAGGCACGAAACAGAAGCACGACAAAUGACUUCUUCAGUUAUAGUCAUCGCUUCAGCCACUCCGCGAGUAACGAAGCCGGUGGCAAGGCGUGGAAGAGCCAGGGCGGAGCUUGGAAGAGCCGGUGACGAAGCGUGGAUGAGCCGGUGACGGAGCGUGGAUGAGCCGGUGACGGAGCGUGGAUGAGCCGGUGACGGAGCGUGGAUGAGCCGGUGACGGAGCAUGGAUGAGCCGGUGACGCAGCGUGUGACGGAGCGCGUGAUAUAUAUGUCUAUACAUGUAAGAUGUAUAUAAACCAUAUUUGUAUUAUAAUUUUAAUGAAUUAAUUCAAAAAUGUUUUAUGAUUUUUUUUUAAAUUUAUUUAUUUAUAUGGCUAUGACUUAGCUGAAGAAAUAUAGUAGCUAAACUCUGUAGCUAUUUAGCAAUAGAACACUUUGUAGCAAUGAUGUUGCUAUUGCGCGACAGAACACUCUGUAACCAUGCCCUCGCUAAUAGCUACAACUAGUUUCCUCGCAAAAUCCGUCGCUAGCAAGCUACGGAAUGGCGACAGAUUGGGUUUAGCGUCGACGCUGACGCCACGGUUCCAAUCCGUAGCCAUCCGUCGCCCUUUGCAUUAUAGCUACGGAUUUUCCUCUCUGGCUACGAAAAAAUCGGUAGCUAUAUGACUGAUUUCUUGUAGUGCAAUAACUAACUAACUAAGUACUGAACGAUAGUCAAUAUUGUUUUACUUAAAAUUGGUUGUCCUACAAUAAUAGCUAGAUGAUAACCAAUGAGUGAUGGAUGACCCAUUUCAAAACUUUAACGACGAUCAUGCAUCCCUGAUCAUUCAGCUACAGUAUCCUGUUUAUAUGUAUAGUUAUACAGAGCAAAAUGAUUUUGUUUUGUUUAACUGCAAAUUAUCGAUAGAUGCCUUUUCUCAAAAAAAAACUGCAAAUUAUCCAUAGUAAACAUUUGUUCGACAGCAUAUGUUAGGAGAUGGACUUAGCACAUCCCAUUAAAAGUUAAACCCAAAAUCAAGUCCGGCCCAUUGAGCAACAAUUGAUGAUUUUGCUAGAAGACAAAACGUACAUCAUUAUAAAUAGAAGACGUCAGACUCAUUGAAAAGACAGUGAGAAACGUACAAAAAGUAUAGAAAAGGAGAGCAUCGCCUCUUCAUCACAGACAAAGUCUUGGACGACCUCGACCACUAGGCGAGCUCGGCUCAGACCAUAAAAUAGAAAGAUACUUGUUUAGAUGAACUGAGACGAGCAUCUUUAGUUCUUGUAAUUGACCGAGCUUGUUUAUUCUUGACUAUUAAUACGAAAAUCUCCACCCCUUUACAUCAUUUAUAAAUAUUACAUCAUCGACCAUAUAUGGAAACGACAAUUGGCGCCCACCGUGGGGCAGGGGAUUCUUCUUCACCUCAAGACAACUCGACAGUCAUAGAACCCACAGCGCAACUAGACGCCCCAAUUUCUGCAACCACCGACCAUUCUGGAAUGACGAGCGCACAACUAGCUGCAAUGACAAUCUCGGACCAUCUAGCUAACACCUCGACGCUAGUGGCAACGACCUCGGGCGAACCAUCAAUGGUGGCAACCUCGGACCAUCUAGCCAACACCUCGACGCUAGUGACGACGACCUCAGGCAAACCAUCAAUGGUGGCAACCUCAGACCAUCUAGCCAACGCCUCGACACUAGUAGCGAAGACCUCGGAUAAUCCAACAAUGGUGGCAACCUCGGACCAUCUAGCCAACACCUUGACGCUAGUAGCGACGACCUCGGACAAUCCAUCAAUGGUGGCAACCUCGGACCAUCCAGCCAACACCUCGACGUUAGUGGCGACGACCUCGACCCAGCCAUCAAUGGUGACAACCUCGGCCCUUCCAGCCAACAACACAUCAUCUAUGGUGGCGACCUCGGCCCUACCAGCAGCAGUUACGACCUCGCGUCAUCCAGCCGGCACCACAUCUCUCAUACCGACGACCUCAGUCCAACCAAUAAAUCUAGAGACUUACGCUCGGAUCACAACUCCCGUUCAACCCACAAACAGGACAACACUUGUCGUAACCCCAGCUGCAACAAAACCACCUAACACAAGAACGAUGAACUCCACUCAGCCAGACAUCUCCCUGAUCUUUCAAACCCUUCUCGGAAGGAUCGACGAGCUCGCUCGAGGAACGACCUCUCGUUUGGACGACCUCGCGCAUUCUCAAAUUGCUUGCAACAACUGCAUCAACGAACUCCAGUCUGUCGAGAUUGGCGCAUCAAUAUCACAACAAGUUGAUAUCACUCCACGACUCCAACGUGUUCUUUUUAACGAUUUACCAACACCAGUGACUGGUUCAGGACAACAGCGAUCAAUCCAAGCCAACAACCUACGUGCACCAAUCACAAGUUCCGGACAACAACAUCAGAAUCAUGUGAACGAAUCUUCAGCACCAAUCAUCGACUCCAGACAGCAGCGCCCAAGUUAUCUAAAUAAUCAACAUCUUCAAAACACCAAUUUCCCGCAGAUCACCAACAGGGAGACCCAACACAGAGACGACGACAUUGAAGAAAUGAGGGCUCAGCUGCAAAGUAUGAACUCCAAAGUCCAUCAGGCAACCAACGCAACACCAGAGAUCGAUCGUGUACUCCGCGAGACCCAGAAUACACCUUUUACAACUCGUGUCCUCAGUAUCCCAGUCCGACAUCAGAAGAACAAAAUUAAACUCCCGACUUACAACGGAACAUCUGAUCCAAGAGAGUAUCUCACCGCCUUCAUCAUCGCAACCAGGAGAGCCAAUUUCUCACCAGAAGAACGCGACGCCGGUCUCUGUCAAUUGUUUGUGGAAAAUUUGAGCGGGCUCGCCCUCGGUUGGUUCUCACGCCUUGAACCCAUUCUAUCGACAACUACAAUCAACUCUCGACGGCCUUCCUCAAAUACUACUCGUUGUUUAUCCAACAGAGUGCAACUAAUGCCGACCUAUGGACUCGGGCUCAAGAACGUACGGAUACACUACGCUCGUACAUCGACAAGUUCAGAGCCAUCGUUUCUCGCAUCACCGUACUCGACGAAGCAGCAGUCUUCGCACUCCGAAACGGUCUUUGGCACGAAUCACCAUUCCGAGAAGAGCUCAUGAAGUAUAAACCACAGAUUUUGGAAGAUGCACUCCAUCGGGCGAUAACUUUCAUCGAAAUCGAAGAAGAUAAAGCUGCAUUCAGCAAAUAACACGCAGCCACCAAAAAAUCAUCUUUGAAAGAUAAAGAGCCUGACGAAUACUACGAACUUAGACAUCAUUAUGACAAAGCGUACAGAGAUGAAAAGAGCAGAAAAGUACCCAAUUAUCAAAUCAGCGACCAACCAUCCAGUCGCUCCACAGGAAAGCAGGCUCGCAACAGUCAAGGAUCAGAAGAUGCCCAGGCAUAUUGCAGUUCUAUAAAAAAUAUAAAAAAUCUACCUAAGAAGAAGGCGCAAACAAGAAGAUCGGCGCACCCCUGAUGUACCAAAAAUAAGACUCCAGGAGGAUCCGCCUUUUUAAUCUAAGCAUUUACUUUUCUUGUAAAGGUGAACUACGGUCGGCUUGAUCCCCGCCUGUGGGGUACGUAGGCAAACCUCUCACGAGGCUCAGAAAAAAAAUCUAUAUUUUUCAAACAAAUAUCAGGAUACGACCAUCUCUCACGUAAAAAAAAUAAGAGAUCCGUUCUCAGUGCUGCAGCUUCGCGCUCACACUUAAUCAAAUUUGCAAAAAAAAAUAUACGAGAUCCGUUCUCAGUGUUGCAGCUCCGCACUCACACUUAAUCAAAUUUGCAAAAAAAAUAUACGAGAUCCGUUCUCAGUGCUGCAGCUCCGCACUCACACUUAAAAUUUGCAAAAAAAAUAAAAAAAAUACGAGAUCCGUUCUCAUUGAUGCAGCUUCGCGCUCACACAUAAUCAGUGGCGUUUCAGAGCCAAGAUCAAGCAAUCAAAGGCAAUUAACCCAGUAAAAAUGCAUAUUUUCAACCUGAGUCAAUAAACGGGAUGCACUGUCAAACCUCCGAUCGCCUCACCUCAGUCCAAUCCCGAGCCCUCGUCGCCUUGAAGUAUUCCCCACACUCACUAUCACCAGGAGCAAGAGGAACACCAAAUAAAUGAGGGACGAGCUCGAACCAGAAGACGACGAGCUCAACCCCACCUCACCACGACACGGCUCCGUCGACAACAGCAAGCUCGGGAUAGCAAGCGACAAGCUCGAACCAAGGGACGAGCUAGGAACGACAGGAAACAAACUUGGAACAAAAACUGACGAGCUUGAAACAGAAGCCGAGCUCGACCCCACCAAUGUCAAGCUCGUGCCCUCCGCAUCAGACACCACACUUAUCGCCAUCGCCAAACUCGGAUCAUCAACAACCGAUAUCGACAACCCAGAUUCAGAGCUUUCCCUAGCUCGGCCCACACUCGAAACCAGGGCAUCUCGACCACACUUGUAAGACCCGAUCCCGGCUGACUAGGCCGCGGUCGAUGCCUCACGUCGCUCAGUCCAUACCCGGACCGAACCUCUAAAAAUUUUUGCCC